GCAGGGGGAUGACGUCACACCAGCGACAGGACUUUGGUUGUUAGAAACUGGGCCUGAAGACCGCGGGCUGGGACGGCGCUAAGAUGACCAUUUGCCAGUUUUUCCUUCAAGGCCGGUGCCGCUUCGGAGACCGCUGCUGGAACGAGCAUCCCGGCACCCGGGGUGCGGGCGGGGCCCGGCAGCCGCCACCACAGCAGCAGCCGCCGCCCUCAGGGAGUAACAGGCGUGGUGGGUGGAAUGCCAGCAGCCAGAGAUACUCCAAUGUCAUCCAGCCAUCCAGCUUCUCCAAGUCCACACCAUGGGGUGGCAGCAGAGAUCAAGACAAACCAUUAUUCGGCUCUUUUGAUUCUGGGGCUUCCACCAGCAGAGGCUUUGGAUCUUCUCCAAAUCCUUUUGCUUCACUUCUCUCUGAAGAGCAGAAAGAUGAAAAGAAACUGCUGGAAGGAAUUGUUAAAGAUGUAGAGAUUUGGGAAUCAUCGGGGCAGUGGAUGUUCUCUGUUUACUCACCAGUGAAAAAGAAACCUAACAUUUCAGGUUUCACAGAUAUUUCACCAGAAGAGUUGAGGCUUGAAUACCAUAACUUCUUAACCAGCAAUAACUUACAGAGCUAUCUAAAUUCUGUUCAACAGCUAGUAAGUCAAUGGAAGAAUAGAAUAAAUGAACUGAAAAAUUUAAAUAUGUCAACCAAGGGAACUCUGCUCUCUGAUGUAAAGGAUGGAGCCAGUCAAGCAGCGCCUGCAUUUGGGUUUGGAAGUAAGCAAGCAGGGACAUUUGGGUCAUCAGGUUUUCCAGUGAAUAGCAGCAGCAGUAAUGUUCAGAACUUUAGUUUUAAAACAAACUCUGGAUUUGCCACUGCCCCUUCUGGAAGCACGCCUGUGUUUGGAAGUCCCUCGGCCUUUGGGGCUGGGCCCUCUGCUGGUUCUGCCAUUGCUUCCUCCGCUCCAGCCUUUGGAUUUGGAAAGCCUGAAGCCACAUCUGCUGUUCCAUUUUCUUUCAAGAGCCCUGAUGCUUCCGGUUUUGGAUCACCUGGGUUUUCAGGGUUUCCAGCUUCCUUGGCAGGGAGUCCUUUCGGCCCUGCAGUGGCCCCUGCCUUCGGAAGUGGCAGUUCUGUGGCUGGUUUUGGUAGUCCUGGCCCACAGUCUCAAUCUGUAUUUGCCAAACCUUCUAAUGACUUGUUUGGAGGUAGUAGCAUAUCAGCCUCCCUCCCCGCCUCUGCCACAAACAAUGUACUGUUCACACCCAGGGAUCAGCUGACUAAAGAGGAGCUGGAUCAGUUCCAGUCCCAGAAAUUUACUCUGGGAAAAAUCCCAUUGAAGCCACCACCUGUGGAACUUCUGACUGUAUAAAAGGGCAGUUUCAACUACAGAAUGGCUUUAGCCAGACAUAUGGUGCUUGCCUACGGUCUGGGAGGCUGAGAGAAGGGAUGCCACAAAUUCAGGGCCAGCCUGAACUGCACAGAGUAAGUAAUUGGCCAGCCAGGUCUGUGUGAAACCCUCCACGAAAAAUAUCUGAAUGGUGUUUAAAGAAAUGUUUUUUUUAGUGCUUGGGAUCACUGGGCCCUCACACAUGCAAGGCAAGUUCUACCUGAGCCACACUCUGUCCCUAAAUAUGUUUUUUAAGAUUGUCUUGAGUUAUGAGGAAUGUAAGCUUUUAGUAAUUUGAGGGAUUUUAAAGGUUAACAUUUUUUAUAAACCUAGCUAAAUAAAGCACAGCCAAAAACUCAAUAAGCAAGGGACUCUUUUGUACUGUAAUUGUGAGUGGAACUAAAAAAUGCAAUGUACUAAAUAAAGUAAUUUUCUCAUUCUGUUCCAA